AUGGCCUCCAAGCUGCUGCGGGCCGUGGUGCUCGGCCCCCCCGGCUCGGGUAAGGGCACGGUGUGCGAGAGGAUCGCCCGCAGCUUCGGGCUCCAGCACCUCUCCAGCGGGCAGUUCCUGCGGGAGAGCCUCGGCAGCGGCGGCGAAGCUGGAGUCUUGGCACAGCAGUACCUCGAGAGAGGCCUCCUGGUGCCCGACCACGUCAUCACACGUGUGAUGGUGACAGAGCUGGAGAAGCGCAGGGAGCAGCACUGGCUGCUCGAUGGUUUCCCUCGGACGCUGGGCCAGGCCAAGGCUCUGGAUGGGAUCUGUGAGCUGGACCUGGUGAUCAGCCUGAACAUCCCCUUCGAGACGCUGAAGGAUCGCCUGAGCGCUCGCUGGGUGCACCCCGCCAGCGGCAGGGUCUACAACAUGGACUUCAACCCUCCCCACACACAGGGCGUGGAUGACCUGACAGGAGAGCCCCUGGUGCAGCGGGAGGACGACAAGCCCGAGGCCGUGGCUGCGCGGCUCAGGAAAUACAAAGACGCUGCCAAGCCCGUGAUAGAGCUCUACAAGAGCAGGGGCAUCCUUCACUCCUUCUCUGGCACAGAGACCAACAAGAUCUGGCCCUACGUGUACACCCUGCUGUCCAGCAGGAUCCCACCCAUCCUCUCAGAUGAGGAGCACUAA